UUCAUCUGGCAACCUUACGAUGAGGGUAUCAUAGCCGAUUUACCAGAGCGGUGCUCCCGUGGACGACACGUGUGGAUGGCAUCUGUGCCACUUAUUUGUCAAAAUAUAGUGGAGGAUCACGUGCCAAAACGCGUGUUACGGCAGUUUGGGCUUGCACAGGGUGUUCCAGAUAAUAGUCAGUGGGAGGACGCACACUUUUUGAGGGAUAAACGUUACAAGGCUGAUCCUGUUUUUCAGCAGUUCAUUGCUGAACAGACUGCUUUGUGGGGGCCGAGAGCUGAUCGUGUUGUUCAUGACGUUCCUGCACAUGUUACCAUCCCCUAUGAUGAUCCUUACAUGAUUUGGUAUAGGAGAAUCACGCGCACGCUUAUUGGGAAUCCCGUGCGACGUGCUGACAGAGGUUAUCAGUUAUAUGCAGGCCAGCACGAGGCAUUGGGAAGAGCAUUGCAUUAUCUUUAUCGCAUGGGCUUGGAGAUGCAGCAGGAAGCUGUUGAUGAACGAGUUAGAGGGUGGGCUCGGACCGUGAGCGCUGUAUCGGUCGAGGCUUUACUUGCUGCAUCCCAGGGUCGCAGAUUAUCUUUCGAUCCAGAUUAUGCACCUGCCGAGUAUGAAGAUGGCCCCCCUCUGACUCUUUAUAGACGUGGCGGUGCUGGUCGCGCUCGAGGUGGUCGACAGGGUGGUAGAGCUUCACCUGUGGGUCAUCGUCUGGUUGACAAGGAUGAUGACGAGGAUUCACUACUCUCUGUAGCAACGUUGAGCACUUCCCGUGAGUUCAGACAAAGCAAGCCUAAAAGAAAGUCAGGAUCAUCAACGGCUGCAGAUUCUAGCAAAAAGGCUAAGCAGAAAGAACGACCUGCUGAAAACGGGAAGGAGGACAGUGGCAGCAAGUCUAAAAGGAACUCAGAAUCAUCGUUGUCUACAGAAUCUAGCGAAAGGGCUAAGCAGAAAGAUCAACCUGCUGAAAAUGGGAAGGGUAGGCAGAAAGAGCAACAAAUAGAAAAUGGAAACGACGGUGUACAAACUCGAGAAGAAAACUGUGAAGGCGACGAUAGUGCUAAUGUAAAUAAGGAGAUUGUUGCACAGCCUUCCUAGGUAGGAGCAGAAGUAGGAAGUCAGCCUAUUUCCAUUGUAUUUCCUACUCAUCUGUUGUCAACACUGAAAUCUGUAAUACUGUGUCCGGUAGGUGUUGGAUGAUAGUUGAGUUAUGACUUAUGAUAGAGCAAAAUGAAAAUAGUAAUAAUUCUUUUCUAGAUUGACAAAGGAAAAAUAUAACAAAACCUACACAGGUUUACAGGCAGCAAUUAUUCACUUCAAUAAGUUCAUUUUUGUUCAUUCUUUAGCUAUCAAGGUAUCACAACUCUGUUCUUUUA